GGGUAAGGGAAGCUUUCAAGGCACUGGAGGCCCUCGAGAUCAAGGAGAAGCUCGGGGACUGCGCCGUGGUCUAUCAGGUCACGCGACUCCUUGAUCGCGUUACACGCGAGCAAUGGGAAAACGCGGUUGGCGCCACGCGCGAAUACCCAACUUUCGAGAAGCUCGAGGAGUUCCUGACCACUCGGAUACGGGCUCUCGAGCGGAUCGAAUCCACGACAGCUCAUCCUGGCCCCAGCUCAGCAUCAUCACCACCAAAGAAGGCUGCCGCUCAUCAGACGACUCAUCAAGGCGACUCAUCCUACCCAUGCGACUGCUGCAACGCGCAGCACUUCAUCGUCAUGUGUGGGAAAUUCAGGGACCUAUCACCGCAAGACCGGCACAAGGUGGCAGUGAACAAGCGCCUGUGCUUUAACUGCCUGGGGCGCCACAGUGUGCGCUCAUGCAAGUCCCAGCGGGGCUGCAAGACAUGCUCGAGGCGUCAUCAUACGAUGCUGCAUGACGCACAUCCGACAGCAUCGACAGCUCAGAAAUCCGGUGGUCCCUUGGCACUGAUCAGCUCAUCUACAACGCAUUACUCAGCGCGACUACUCAUUGACGCAGGCUCAGAACUCACCUUCGUCACGGAGAAUCUCAUUCGACAGCUCAACAUCCCUCGUCAAUACUCAGGUAUUGUCGUUAAUGGAAUUGCAGGCAAAGAGUGUACUCGGACACGAGGAGUCGUGUCGCUCACGUUACGCUCGACACAUUCCCACGCAGCUGCCACAAUUCAAGCUCAUGUCCUCCGGACAGUUACAUUAAUCUUACCAUCUUUCGAGGCGGAACCGGAAGAAUGGCCGCAUCUCAGGAACUUGGCAUUAGCCGAUCCAGAUUUUCUCAUCCCGCGGCCAGUUGACAUCCUCAUCGGCGCAGACGCUUACGGGCAAAUCAUCAAGCCCAAUAUCAUUAGGCAUUCUCCACUCAUGCCGAUAGCGCAACUCUCCAUUUUCGGAUGGCUCGUUCUUGGACCAGUCAAUAGAGAAGCAAUACGCACAUCAACGCACCAUGCUUCUACUCAAGACAACGACGAUGCUCUCAAUGAGUUAUUGACAAAAUUUUGGGUUCAAGAGGAGGUGCCUACUCACGAUGUCAAUCGAUUCACUCCUGACGAGCAGAGGUGCGAAGAGCACUUCAAGGCUACACACUCUCGUGAUUCAUCAUGGAGGUACGUCGUCAGGAUUCCACUCAAAUCACCAGUAGAUCUUCUGGGUGAUUCCUACCAUGUCGCCCAUCAGUGCCUCAAGGGAUUACGCAGACGAUUCUCAAGGGAUGUGAAGUAUCAACGUCUCUAUCAACAAUUCAUGAUGGAUUACGAGACACUCAACCACAUGACGAAGGCAUCAUCCAUCUCCAGUCGUCGCUCACACUUCUACCUGCCACAUCACGUUGUUCUCAAGCCUGACAGCACAACAACAAAGCUGCGGGUCGUGAUUAAUGGCUCCAGCGCAUCCACAUCAGGCUACUCGUCAACGACCUCAUGUACACUGGAGCGAAAUUGCAUCUGA